GUGAGGGGUAUGGAUUUUGUUCAACAUGCAAGACCAAGCUUGUUUCUUGUCUAGUCAUCUGACAGCUAUGGACUUUGGCAAUUGAGGACCGGUCAGGGGAACAGAAGUCUUGCAGUCUUCCCCAUAAGUUUCACAGUGGACUGUGUCGCUAAAAUGAAUCCAAUAUUCGUAAAGAACAAAGAUGAUACUGUUAUAGAGAUGCAAGGCACAGUGGACACCAGGAGUUCAGACGACAAAGAUGAGUGCAGUCUAAACUCCAUGUCAGACAGAGGGCCCCAAAUUCCAGAACAGAAUGAGGCAACUCAAAGUGAAGAGAUAGCUGAGCCAAAACACCUUAUGUCUGGUGUCUCUGGGAUUUGGAGGAAGAGAGCACUGUUCCUGAAGUUUCGCUCAAGGAUUGACAAGCAGCAACAGAGCAAAGACUCCGUUUUCUUUCGGGACGGGGUGCGAAGGAUUGAUUUUGUCCUGUCCUACACAGAUGACAGAUGUGAUGAAAGGAAGCAGGAAAGGAGGAAGGAGUAUGAGGCCAAUUUGGAGAAGGCAGGGCUUGAGCUGGAGAUGGAGGACAAAUCGGAGUCUGAUGAUGGGAAAACCUAUUUCUUAAAGAUCCAUGCCCCCUGGGAAGUGCUUGCCACCUAUGCCGAUGUGCUGAAGAUUAAGGUUCCCUUUAAGGCCAAUGACAUCCCCAGCACCCGGGAUAUCACAGUGCAGUGGCUCUUCAAGCCCUUCCAGCUGCCAGAUGAUGUCAUGCAUCCAGAGCCUGAUUAUUUUACUUCAGCCUUUGACAAGGAGAAAAUUGACUUCUUCCUCAUUGACAACACAGAGACCUUAUUUCCCCCCUCCACACGCAAUAGGAUUGUAUACUACAUUCUGGCCCGCUGCCCCUAUCGCAAAGAGGAUAGCAACGACAAAGACAAGAAGGGCAUCAAGCGACUGCUGAACAAUGGCACCUACACCUCUGCCUUCCCCCUGCACGAUUGUAAGUACUGGAAGAGAGCGAGAGAUCCCAACUGCGAAAGUGAAAGAUACAAUUUAUACAACCACUGGGCCUCAUUCUCCCGCUUCUACAAGGAGCAGCCCCUCAACCUCAUUCGGAAAUACUAUGGGGAGAAGAUUGGGAUUUACUUUGCUUGGCUGGGAUUCUACACGAAGAUGCUCCUCUUCGCUGCUGUUAUGGGUGUAAUGUGUUUCAUCUAUGGCAUCCUCACCUACCAUGAGAACACCUGGAGUACAGAGAUUUGUGACCCUGAGAUUGGAGGCAACAUUAUAAUGUGUCCAUUGUGUGAUCAGAAGUGCGGCUACUGGAAGUUAAACUCUACAUGCAACUCCUCCAAGUAUUCACAUCUGUUUGACAACAUGGCGACAGUUUUCUUUGCCAUAUUCAUGGGUAUUUGGGUGACCCUGUUCCUGGAAUUCUGGAAGCGGCGGCAGGCUAGGUUGGAGUAUGAAUGGGACUUGGUGGACUUUGAAGAGAUGCAGCAGCAGCUCCAGCUCCGGCCAGAGUACGAGAAUAAGUGCACAAGCCAAAGACUCAAUCGUGUCACUCAGGAAAUGGAAUGGGUUCUGAAUAGGACCACAGCAGAUUUUAUUGCAAAACUGCUCCUGUGCUGGACCACAGUGGUCCUGUGGGUGGCACUCAUCAUUGCUUGUAUCAUUGGCGUGAUUGCAUAUCGGCUGGCUGUGUAUGCAGCCUUUGCCAGCAUCAUGAAAGAAAGUCCCACGAAUAAGCUAGAGCUGGUUGGAUCCCUCAUCACCCCACAGCUGGCCACCUCCGUCACUGCCUCCUGUAUCAACUUCGUUAUCAUCAUGAUUCUCAACGUCACGUAUGAACGUGUGGCCAUCUGGAUUACUGACAUGGAAAUCCCAAAGACCCAUCUGGAAUAUGAGAACAACCUGACCAGGAAGAUGUUCCUCUUCCAGUUUGUGAACUACUACUCCUCCUGCUUCUAUGUGGCUUUCUUCAAAGGAAAAUUUGUGGGCUACCCAGGCAACUACACCUACAUGUUUGGUAAACUGAGGAAUGAAGAGUGUGACCCUGGUGGCUGUCUGAUUGAGCUCACCACACAGCUGGUGAUCGUGAUGACUGGCAAGCAGGUGUUGUGCAACAUCCAAGAGGCUCUGAAGCCAUGGCUGUGGAACUGGUGGGCUAACAGGAAGGCAUGUAAUCACCCAGAGAGUCUCUACAGUCGCUGGGAGCAAGACCGUGACCUGCGAAAUUUCAGCCAGCUGGGCCUUUUCUAUGAGUACCUGGAGAUGGUUAUCCAGUUUGGUUUCAUCACAUUGUUCGUGGCCUCCUUUCCGCUGGCGCCCCUGCUGGCCCUUUUAAAUAACAUUAUAGAGAUCCGCGUGGAUGCCUGGAAGUUCACCACGCAGUUCCGUCGGCCUGUGGCUGCCAAAGCUCGCAAUAUAGGAGCUUGGCAGGAGAUCCUCAAUGGAGUGGCCAUCCUUUCUGUCGUCACCAAUGCGUUCAUCGUGGCCUUCACCUCUGACAUGAUUCCACGCCUGGUGUACUUCUAUGCCUACCACCCCGGCACUGAGCCCACCAUGCAGGGCUACAUCAAUAGCAGCCUGUCAGUGUAUAAUAUCUCAGAAUUCCCCGAGCAAAAUCUGCCUGAUGACGACGAGAAUCCCAGCUGGUUCAAAAGCUCCAUCAUAACCACCUGCAGAUAUCGUGAUUACCGCUACCCCCCAGGCCAUGAGAAGCAGUACUCCCACACCAUGCACUUCUGGCACAUCCUGGCCGCCAAACUGGCCUUCAUCAUUAUCAUGGAGCAUGUGGUUUUUGUGGUGAAGUUCUUCGUGGCCUGGUUGAUUCCAGACGUACCCUCUGACGUGAAGGCCCGAAUCAAACGGGAGCGCUAUCUCAUACAGGAGUACCUACACAACUAUGAAGUGGAGAAGCUGAAGGUGCAGCUGAGCCAGAGCCACAACCAAAAUAACCCCAACUCCACAACCCCAGAAGCUGUUGUCAUUGAAAAACGUGAGGUUUUCUCUGAUUACAUGUGACACUUCUCAAUCCACAGAUCUGUCUGAGUGGAGAUUGGAAAGCAAGAGUAGAGUGUCAAAGCAAUGCAAAGCUUAAUUAAAGAUGAGAUCUAUCUAUCUACCAGCAUGCCCUCCGGCUACAUGGCUCAUAGCGCUCACUGUUUGCUCUCUGUUGCUAAGGAAGUUCACAAUAAUGAGAAUGACACUGUGCCAAAGGCUGGCAGAUGGAGAAGAUUAAGCAUGUAGCAUUUCCAAGAUACCAUCUCAGCUGUAAGGUUUUGUUCUAAAAUUUAAAAAUCUAAACAUUCUCA